AUGGCGGUGGUAGUGGUAGUGGUGGUGGAGACCAAAGCACUAAUCAUCGCUGUCGUCUUCGUCUCGCUGGUAGUGGUGCUAUUCAUCGGCUACAUGAUUCUGCGGCACUGCCGCAAACGCCAACGCGAGCCACCGCGGUUCCUCCCCGAGACGCUGCGCAAACGCUGGCGAGAAUGGAACCCGGGGACGUACACCUCGCCGGGGCCCACGCCGCGGCAUCCGUCGACGCGGAACUCCGCACGGAAUCGCCACCUGCGCAAUAACGCGGGCGGGAUGGGCGCAGGCGUCGAUAGGAAUACAAGUGUGAGAUCGGUCAUGACGCUGCCGGAGUACCGCCCGAUUGCGGCGGCGGAUAGGGAGAGGACCAUUGCGCGCGAGGGAGAGCGCGGUGGCAUCGAUGUCGUGAUUGAGUUCCCCGAAACGAUCGAUGAGGAGGAGAACAGGCGCGAGGAGCACAUGCAGACGCUGUACGAGAUCCGGCUUGCGCGGCAGCUGGAGCGGGCAGCGGCCAGGGAGAGCGGGGAGCUUUCGGCUGCCGCGGCGAUGGGGCGGCCGGGGAGCUCGGGUAGUAGCGUGCGGCUCGUGACACCGGAUCCGCCCGUUUCCGCGGCGCAAUUGAUGACCGCGCUGGCGAGCAUCACCGAGCGCGAGCGACGCCUCUCAAAGGUCCAGUAUGCCGAGAUCGGAGUGGCACGGCACGACGGCACGAGGGUGAGACCGAGUAUGGAUUCCGACCGACCGCUGCUGGACGCUGGCGCGCCCAUGGGCAAUAGCGGCGGCAGCAUCAGGAGCACCUACGCCCAUGGCCGCUCCGAGAGCGGCAUCUCGUACUCCAGCGCCACGCCGGAACGCCGGGGGAGCGAGGAGAUCAUCCGUAUGGGGAGUGCGCGGCCGAGCACCGAAACGCACCGGGAGUCGGGUCCUGUCGCCGACGAGACGAGGAAUCGCGGGAUCGAUACGCUGCCGGUGUUGAGAGUUGAGACGAACCAGACGCUGCCGACGCUGAGAAUCGAUACUGGCACGCCGAGUCCGGGCGGGAUGAGUCGUGCGUCUUUUGAGCGGUAG